AUGCCGCCUUCAUUUGAAGCUUCUCCCCCAGAUACUCUACGAGAUAACACACGGCAUCGGGUAGAAGAACGAACCGAACCCAAACACCUCUCCUCCACGACGACUCUUAACCCCAUCCUCCCGCCCCGCACCCGAGAGGAAACAAGCCAGGCCAUGGGCGACACCGCCGCGCCCGCGGCCGCGCCGCCGAGGAAGUUCGGCAGGAUCUGCGUCUUCUGCGGCAGCAACUCCGGCAAUCGCGCGGUGUUCGGCGACACGGCGCUCGAGCUCGGCCAGGGGCUGGUGACGAGGGGGGUUGAUCUGGUCUAUGGCGGGGGCAGCAUCGGGUUGAUGGGCCUGAUCGCGCAGACGGUUCUGGAUGGCGGCUGCCGUGUCCUCGGGGUGAUUCCCAGAGCACUCAUGCCCCUUGAGAUCUCUGGUGCAAGUGUUGGAGAAGUAAAGAUAGUCUCUGACAUGCAUGAGAGGAAAGCUGAGAUGGCGCGACAAGCUGAUGCAUUCAUUGCUCUUCCGGGAGGGUAUGGAACAAUGGAGGAGUUGUUAGAGAUGAUCACAUGGUCGCAGCUCGGAAUCCAUGACAAACCAGUUGGCUUGCUAAACGUCGACGGGUACUAUGAUCCGUUACUUGCGCUGUUCGACAAGGGCGCGGCAGAAGGUUUUAUUAAGGCCGAUUGCAGGCAGAUAAUCGUGUCGGCGCCAACUGCCCACGAACUGCUGACGAAAAUGGAGCAAUACACCCGUUCACACCGGGAGGUGGCGUCGCGGACGAGCUGGGAGAUGACCGAGCUGGGCUACGGGAAAGCUGCACCAGAGCCGGAGGAGGAGGCGUCGUGCUGA